UAUCAAACUCAACAAAAGUCUUUCUUGGGACUCUUAUAAUACUGUCUAUUAGUGUACAAAUAGUAAAUGGUAAUGACGACAUAUCAAUCUGCAAGAAAAGCUUAGAGACAUUAACAGAAAACGUGAAAGAAUGGAUGGAAACUUGCGUUGAUAAAAAUGGCAAUGACGAUAACACAACUGCAUGCAAGGAAGUAAAACAAUACAACAAAGAAAUGAUGCAAAUGCAAACAGAAAUGUGUUUCUACAAAGAUGUUUAUCCAAAGCCAUAUUUGAUUAUUAUGAGCUUCGAUAAAGUAUACUCUGUCGAUUCUAUUACUGGAGAUAUUCAUGUCAGCACUAUUAAUGGAUCCAGUAAGAAUAAAUUUGACCAUUCAUCAAAAUAUAAUGACAUAGAAAUUGAUGUAGUUGAGAAUGUGCUUUACUACAUUGAUGACAAAGACAUCAAACGGGGAAAUUUUGACUUAACUAGAAACGAAGUUUUUGCGAAAAAUGUUUUUGUUCAUGAUAUUACAGUUGACUGGAUUGGUCGUCGUAUCUUUUACAUUGACUCCACGAACAUUAUCUACCAAAUUCAUUUGAAAACGAAAAUUACAAGUGUUAUGAGGCUUCAACCAAGCUUACAAUUUUCCAGCAUUGCAUUUGACUCAAAACAUGGGUAUCUAUUCUUGGCAGAAAGUACAGAACGUUUCUUAUGGUUAUGGAACAAGACUGCAAAUAAACAUCAUAUUCUUUCAGUUUCACUUCAGUCAAUAGCACAUGAUCUAACGCUUGACAUGGCUAAAGAGAAAAUUUAUUGGCGAGUUUCAAACGGAAAUGUUUUUUCUUGUGAUUACUACUCCCAUGAUGUAAUUGAUUUUGGAACUUCAGGAUCUCCCAUGGCAGUAUUUAAAGAUUCCAUUUAUAUCAUAACUAGUGUCGGACGAAGUGUCGUUAGUGUCCAUAACACAACAGAUCAACGUACGAGCCGUAAAUAUUUUCUUCCUGUAAACAACGGUUAUCUUGAUUUGGCUGUAGCUAUACACAGUAUCACUCCUGACUCAAACGCGACAAACACUUUUCGACUUCCUUUAUGUGGACCCAACACUUACUAUCGUAAUAUUAAUGGAUCAUUAUACUGCACGUGUAUGGAAGGAUAUUCAGGAGAAUGUAACUCGUGCCAGGUUAUUAACUCUGUAAGACUUCGGGGACCAAAAAGUUCUAUUGGCGAAGGUCGUGUAGAAGUAUUUUACAAUGGAGAAUGGGGAACAAUUUGUGAUGACGAUUGGGAUAUAGACGAUGCUAUAGUUGUUUGUCGACAACUUGGUUAUGACAAUGCUGUCAGGGCUUUACAAGGUAAUGUUCCUUAUGGCAGUGGAAGAAUAUGGUUGGAUGAUGUUUCUUGUGUAGGAAAUGAAAGUAUUAUAUCGAAUUGUUCACAUAGAGGAUGGGGAAACCAUAAUUGUGAACAUUAUGAAGAUGCUGGUGUACAAUGUUCAGUUAUUAACUCUGUAAGACUUCGGGGACCAAAAAGUUCUAUUGGCGAAGGUCGUGUAGAAGUAUUUUACAAUGGAGAAUGGGGAACAAUUUGUGAUGACGAUUGGGAUAUAGACGAUGCUAUAGUUGUUUGUCGACAACUUGGUUAUGACAAUGCUGUCAGGGCUUUACAAGGUAAUGUUCCUUAUGGCAGUGGAAGAAUAUGGUUGGAUGAUGUUUCUUGUGUAGGAAAUGAAAGUAUUAUAUCGAAUUGUUCACAUAGAGGAUGGGGAAACCAUAAUUGUGAACAUUAUGAAGAUGCUGGUGUACAAUGUUCAGUUAUUAACUCUGUAAGACUUCGGGGACCAAAAAGUUCUAUUGGCGAAGGUCGUGUAGAAGUAUUUUACAAUGGAGAAUGGGGAACAAUUUGUGAUGACGAUUGGGAUAUAGACGAUGCUAUAGUUGUUUGUCGACAACUUGGUUAUGACUAUGCUGGCAGGGCUUUACAAGGUAAUGUUCCUUAUGGCAGUGGAAGAAUAUGGUUGGAUGAUGUUUCUUGUGUAGGAAAUGAAAAUACUAUUUCGAGUUGUUCACAUAGAGGAUGGGGAAACCAUAAUUGUGAACAUUAUGAAGAUGCUGGUGUACAAUGUUCAGUUAUCAACUCUGUUAGACUUCGGGGACCAGAAAGUUCUAAAGGCAAAGGUCGUGUAGAAGUAUUUUACAAUGGAGAAUGGGGAACAAUUUGUGAUGAUGUCUGGGAUAUAAACGAUGCUAAAGUUGUGUGUCGACAACUUGGUUAUGACUAUUAUUUCAGGGCUUUACUAGGAGGUAAUAUUCCACGUGGCAGAGGAAGAAUAUGGUUAGACGACGUUCAAUGUGUAGGAAAUGAAAGUAAUAUUUCGAGUUGUUCACAUAGAGAAUGGGGAUUGCAUAAUUGUAGACAUUAUAAAGAUGCUGGUGUACAAUGUUCAGUUAUCAACUCUGUUAGAAUUUGGGGACCAGAAAGUUCGAUUGGCAGAGGUCGUGUGGAUGUAUUUUAUAAUGGAGAAUGGGGAACAAUUUGUGAUGAUGGCUGGGAUUUAAACGAUGCUAAAGUUGUUUGUCGACAACUUGGUUAUGACGAUGCUGGCAGGGCUUUACUAGGAGGUAAUGUUCCACAUGGCAGUGGAAGAAUAUGGUUAGACGAAGUUCGUUGUGUAGGAAAUGAAAAUAAUAUUUCGAGUUGUUCACAUAGUGGAUGGGGAUCACAUAAUUGUACACAUGAUGAAGAUGCUGGUAUACAAUGUUCAGUUAUCAACUCUGUUAGACUUCGGGGACCAGAAAGUUCUAAAGGCAAAGGUCGUGUAGAAGUAUUUUACAAUGGAGAAUGGGGAACAAUUUGUGAUGAUGGCUGGGAUAUAAACGAUGCUAAAGUUGUGUGUCGACAACUUGGUUAUGACUAUUAUUUCAGGGCUUUACUAGGAGGUUAUGUUCCUUAUGGCCGUGGAACAAUAUGGUUAGACGACGUUCAAUGUGUAGGAAAUGAAAAUAAUAUUUCGAGUUGUUCACAUAGAGAAUGGGGAUUGCAUAAUUGUAGACAUCAUGAAGAUGCUGGCGUGCAAUGUUCAGUUAUCAACUCUGUUAGACUUCGGGGACCAGAAAUUUCUUUUGGCAAAGGUCGUGUAGAAGUAUUUUACAAUGGAGAAUGGGGAACAAUUUGUGAUGAUGGCUGGGAUAUAAACGAUGCUAAAGUUGUGUGUCGACAACUUGGUUAUGACUUUGCUUACAUGUCUUUACAAGGAAGUUAUGUUCCUUAUGGCAGUGGAAGAAUAUGGUUAGACGACGUUCAAUGUGUAGGAAAUGAAAAUAAAAUUUCGAGUUGUUCACAUAGAGGAUGGGGAUUGCAUAAUUGUACACAUCAUAAAGAUGCUGGUGUACAAUGUUCAGUUAUCAACUCUGUUAGACUUCGGGGACCAGAAAGUUCUAUUGGCAAAGGUCGUGUAGAGGUAUUUUACAAUGGAGAAUGGGGAACAAUUUGUGAUGAUGGCUGGGAUAUAAACGAUGCUAAAGUUGUGUGUCGACAACUUGGUUAUGACUAUGCUGGCAGGGCUUUACUAGGAGUGGAUGGGGAUCACAUAAUUGUACACAUGAUGAAGAUGCUGGUAUACAAUGUUCAGUUAUCAACUCUGUUAGACUUCGGGGACCAGAAAGUUCUAUUGGCAAAGGUCGUGUAGAGGUAUUUUACAAUGGAGAAUGGGGAACAAUUUGUGAUGAUGGCUGGGAUAUAAACGAUGCUAAAGUUGUGUGUCGACAACUUGGUUAUGACUAUUAUUUCAGGGCUUUACUACGACGUAAUGUUCCACGUGGCAGUGGAAGGAUAUGGUUAGACGACGUUCAAUGUGUAGGAAAUGAAAGUAAUAUUUCGAGUUGUUCACAUAGAGAAUGGGGAUUGCAUAAUUGUGUACAUUUUAAUGAUGCUGGUGUACAAUGUUCAGGUUUGUAUGUACAUUAUCUACAUUCUUAUACAAAGAUGAUAAACUGAA